AUGUCCAAUCCAGGCCUGGUCGACAACUCGCCCUUCAACGCCGAACCCGCCGCCCCGAUUUCCACUGCCUCCAAUCUGAUUCUCAUCGACAACUACGAUUCAUUUACCUGGAACGUCUACCAAUACCUUGUCCUCGAGGGCGCAACCGUCACUGUCUACCGCAACGAUGAAAUCACUCUCGACGAAUUGAUCGCCAAAAACCCCACUCAGUUGGUCGUCAGCCCCGGUCCCGGCCAUCCCGAAACAGACUCAGGCAUCAGCAAGGAUGCCAUCCGCCACUACGCUGGCAAGAUCCCCAUCUUCGGUGUCUGCAUGGGAGAACAAUGCAUUUACUCCGUCUUUGGUGGUACUGUUGAGAAGACUGGCGAGAUUCUGCACGGCAAGACCUCGCCUUUGCGACACGACGCCAAGGGUGUCUAUGCCAACAUCCCUCAGGACAUUCCCGUCACCCGCUACCACUCGCUCGCUGGUACUCAUCCGACCCUUCCCGAAUGUCUCGAGGUCUCUUCUUGGAUCGAUGUUGGUCCUGAUGGUGGAAAGGGUGUGAUCAUGGGUGUGCGCCACAAGGAAUACGUUGUUGAGGGUGUGCAAUAUCACCCCGAGAGUAUCUUGACUGAGGAGGGAAGACUACAAAUCAAGAACUUCCUGUACAUGCAGGGUGGUACCUGGGCCGAGAAUGAGCGUCUGCAAAAGGAGACCAAGUCAAAAGCACAGCCCGCAAAGACCAACGGUCAAACCAAGGACAAGCAGACCAACAUUCUCGAGAAGAUCUUCGCUCGUCGCAAGGAAUUGGUUGCCGCACAGAAGGAAAUCCCUUCGCAGAGACCCAUCGACCUCCAAGCCGCCCACGACCUGGACCUUUCACCGCCACUCAUCUCCUUCGCCGAUCGCCUGAAGCAAUCUCCGUACCAGCUGUCACUCAUGGCUGAGAUCAAACGUGCUUCUCCUUCCAAGGGCAUAAUUUCAAUCUCGACAUGCGCUCCUGCUCAAGCUCGCAUUUACGCUCUCGCCGGUGCCAGCACUAUCUCCGUCUUGACAGAGCCUGAUUGGUUCAAGGGCAGCAUCGAUGAUCUCAAGGCUGUUCGUCAAGCUCUGGCUGGUAUGCCCAACCGUCCCGCCGUUCUACGCAAAGAGUUUGUGUUCGACGAGUACCAGAUCUUGGAAGCCAGACUGGCAGGAGCCGAUACUGUUCUGCUCAUCGUCAAGAUGCUGGAUAUCGAGACUCUUCACAGACUAUACAAGUACUCGCAAUCUCUUGGCAUGGAGCCUCUGGUUGAGGUCAACAACGAAGAGGAGAUGAAGAUUGCUGUUGAUAUGGGCUCAAAGGUCAUUGGUGUCAACAACCGCAACCUUACAAACUUCGAAGUCGACUUGGAAACCACCAGCCGCCUCAUGUCGCUUGUUCCCAAGGAGACCGUCGUCUGCGCUCUCAGCGGUAUCGCUGGAUCUGAAGAUGUCGUUCCUUACCAAAAGAACGGUGUAGGUGCUGUCCUUGUUGGUGAGGCUUUGAUGCGCGCAAAGGAUACCGCUCAGUUUAUCUCUGAACUACUUGGCGGCAGUAUCAAGUCUCCUAGCAGCAAGUCUCAGAAGGCACCUUUGGUCAAGAUCUGCGGUACUCGCACUCCCGAGGCGGCAAAAGCUGCAGUCGAGGCCGGUGCAGACUUCAUUGGUAUCAUUCUGGUCAAGGGUCGCAAACGCUGCGUAUCCAACGAGACUGCUCUUGCAAUCUCAACAGUCGUCCACGAGCUACCUCGUGUCGCAUCAAACUUGGCUGUCACCGACGAAUCAUUGCCUGUCUCGGCGUCAAACUACUUCGACCACACAUCAACAUACAACUUGAAGCACCCGCGACAUGCAUUGCUUGUCGGUGUCUUCCAAAACCAGCCCCUCUCAUACAUCCUCGAACAACAAAAGCUUUUGGAUCUUGACAUUGUGCAACUACAUGGGUCCGAGCCUAUCGAGUGGGCAUCAUUGAUUCCUGUCCCUGUCAUCCGUGCCUUCCACCCUGGUGAUGCAGGUCUUGCUACUCGUGGAUACCACACCCUGCCUCUUGUCGAUUCAGGUGCUGGUGGCUCUGGUGAGCAGGUAGAUUUGACCAAGGUGCAACAACUAUUACAAAAGGACAGUGGCCUACGGAUCAUGCUUGCCGGCGGCCUCAACCCCAGCAAUGUUAAGCAAGUGUUCAGCGGCCUUGCCUCACAAAUCAGCCAGGUUGCUAUUCUGGACGUUAGCAGUGGUGUCGAGGAGAACGGCGAGCAGAGUGUCUCUAAGAUUCGCGAGUUCGUCGCCGCUGUCAAGGCUGGUCCUUGA